AUGGUAAGAAUUCUAUUUAAGUUAAUGCUUUAAUCUAGGCGAAUCUCUUGUGAUCGAUGAUUGUUCCAAUUUAACUAUAUUAUAAGUUUUGAUUUCAAGUAUGUACCAAAGACCUACAUUAAUUGGAUGUUUUGACUAUGACUUAAAUUGUUAUUAUUUAAAUUAGUUCGCAAAGUCAAAGGGACGAUGACCUUUCUUUAGAAUGCGUUUUUCGUUCACCAAUCCACUGCUUUCUUUGUUUUUCGCAAAUAACCUCAUUUUUAGAAUAGUUUGACAUUGUCACGCAAUAGUGACAUUUGACAUAAGCUGACGCGUUCACAAUUGUGAGAAGAUUAAAAGUAAAAAACCUUUGUAAUUUCAUAAAAAAUCAAGUAAUGAAUUGAAAUUAAUUAUGAAUCGUAUAUUUUCUAUAAACGAAAAACAAUCCUCAUAUUAAAUACAAUUCAGAAUAAUACAUUAAAAGGUUUUUUUUACUUUGAUCUACAUAAUGUGUUCUUGAACGCAUCGGAAUGCUUCGGUUGCCAUGACAAUGGGCUUCCAUGACAGUAAUUCAAACAAACGUCAAACUUUGAAGGGAGUAAACAGUUUUUAGUUUAUUUAUCUGGCUUUUAAAUGGUAUUGAUCAGUGGUUAAUUUAACGCCGAAUUUCAUUAGAAUGUCUGAUCGGACGAAACCUUUCGCCGCCCCGUCUUCCAAAUUGGCGGUAAGGAAUAAGCGACCACCUACUGCAAGUGGAGCAUCUUCAUCUAGAAAAGUGCCGUCAACGGUCGUGAAGGAGAAGACACGAUCAAAAUUAAAUUCCACCACGAUCGGAGAGAGCGACAUCUCUGUUUUGAAAACGGAAAUGCCGGAUUUUGAACCGGAAAACCGCGCCAUUGCGUACGGCAAAUUUUUGCGCGCCAUGCUUGAAGAGUGUUUGGUCGAUGAGAAAAUAGAACGGGAAGAAACUCAAAUCGAUGUACAAAUGGCGCAAUUGGCAGACAGAUUUCAGAAAACCAUUGACCAUCUAGACAAAACUAACCGACGGAUAAAGGAAAUCAAUUUCGUGGCCGAACAAAAACGGUUGAUUGAUUUAAAAUCGAAGGAUUGCGAGAAAUUUUACGAUAUAACAUCAAAUUCAAACACCGUACAGCUUUUAGAGUCUUUGAAGAACACAGAACAGUCGUGCUUAGAUCAAUUGCAAACGAAAAAUAUUGAUUUCGGCUAUGAUAAAGAGUCCGGGCACAAGCUACUGUUGGAUGCUGUGACUGAUGCCAUAGAAGGAUUAGAAAACAUUAAAAAGCAUUCGAAUCUAGACAUCGACAAGUUCAAAGAAUACGAGAAGACACAGAAAAGUCUGGUGGAGUUGGAAAAAGAGAGGCAUGAUCUGGAGAGGCUACGAACGGACUUUGAGAAGAAAUUUCCUGAUCUCACAGAGAAACUCUUAGAGGAAGUAUCUGAGAAGAUCGCACAAGUGAUGAACACUGAUGAAUAACUUUAGCAAGAAUAUAUUGUUUAUACUGUGU